AUGAAUAACACUAUUCCUGAAUUGGUAUGGCCAGUAGACAGAGAAGUCGAUGAAGAAGAGCUUGAUCAUCAUGAAGGACCAAUGAGAUUGGAUUAUGAUGCAAUGGUGAUGCUUGCAAACUUGCCACCCUUGGCAGAAGAAAUCCUGAGUAGGAAUGCAGCACUUCCAAUAAAGACAAGGUCUUCUGGAGAAUACACGCUGGUCUUGGAUUUGGAUGAAACUCUUGUUCAUUGCAGUUUGAAUUAUUUGGAUAAUUCAAACAUGGUGUUUCCAGUCGAUUUUCAAGGCAUGACUUACCAAGUAUAUGUUCGUAUUCGACCUUUUCUUCGAACUUUUUUGACUCGGAUGUCUAAAGUUUUCGAGAUUAUCGUCUUCACCGCGAGUAAGAAAUGCUACGCAAACAAAUUAUGUGAUAUCCUUGACCCGCAGAAAACAAUAAUCAAACAUCGAUUGUUUCGGGAGCAUUGUGUCUGUGUCUAUGGAAACUAUGUGAAAGAUUUGUCGAUCCUAGGAAGGGAUAUGACAAAGACAAUAAUUCUGGAUAACGCUAUUCAAUCAUUCGCUUAUCAAUUGAAUAAUGGAGUUCCCAUUGAGAGUUGGUUUCAUGAUCGAAAUGAUACAGAGCUCCUCAAACUAUGCUCAUUUUUUGAAACUAUUCCAGCAGAGGGUCGUGAUGUUCGUGAAAUCCUCCACCACAGAUACCGUCUUCGAGAUCACAUUCCAUUCUACAGUAUCAUCCAUCAGCAGGAAGGACCAGGCCAACUUCCAUUGUUUUUGCCCAUACCGAGAAUGGAUGCACCACCUGUCCAAGAAGAUGUUAAUCAAACCAACGAGCAAUUAAUAACACAAGUUGCCCAGAAACCUGCUCAAGUGGCACAGGGAUGA